AUGUAUACUUUAUUAAGCGGGUUACAUGAAUUUCUUACAAGAAGAGAAGAAUUUUAUGUUAUCAUAUUAGGACUCGAUAAUGCCGGUAAAACAACUUUAUUAGAACGAAUCAAAUCCAUAUUUCUAGGUAUUGUUGGGUUAUCACCUGACAGAAUUGCUCCUACUGUAGGGUUAAAUAUCGGAAAGAUAGAUAUAAAUCGUACAAGGUUAAAUUUUUGGGAUUUGGGAGGUGAAAGGGAAUUACAUGGUAUUUGGGAGAAAUAUUAUUCCGAGUGUCAUGCUGUUAUUUUUGUAGUAGAUUCAACUGAUAAAGAACGCAUUGAAGAAUGUAAAGAAGUGUUCGAAAAAUUAAUUACUAAUAGUGAGGUUGAAGGGGUUCCUGUAUUAAUGUUGGCUAAUAAACAAGAUUUACCAAAUUCAUUAAAAGUCGAGGAAAUUAAGGAACUCUUUAAUAAAAUCGCUUUGAAAUUGGGCGCUAGAGAUUCUAGAGUUUUGCCUGUAUCUGCUUUAGAAGGGACUGGUGUAAGAGAAGCUAUAGAUUGGUUAUUU